AUGCCUCACAGAAAGAGAAAAUGUCUCAAAAGGAAAAAGAAAAAACUGACGGCUCAUUCUUUUCCUAAGAAGAAAUCAAAGUCUACCAAUAGCAAUGGCAUUGAUAAUGAGUCAGGAAACGGCACCAAAAGAAAUUCUAUCAUAUUUAAUACCGCUUCACAUAAAAAUGUUGAUAAAUGCGGAGUCAACAGACUGCUUUCACCGUUCAACAAAUUUGGAAAAUUUAAGAAACGGUUAGUCAAUGAUAAAAAACGCGAUAUGCCAUUACAAACUAAUAAUCAUCCAACGGGUUUAUCUCCCAAAGAGAAAAGCUAUGUAAUUUGCAGUUGUCAAACACGUACUUCACGUUAUUUAAAACUCAAAGAUCUUGCUUCGAAUGCCAUAAAAGAAAAUAAAAUAUUUUCUGUAUAUGGAAGCUGCAACGCUGUACGCAAGGCCUUGCUCGAACGAGGAUGGGUGGAAAAAAUCCCACCUAAUCGUAUGAAUUUAACCAAAAUUCGAAACGGCACAAUAACAAGUAAGUCGGAUAUUCAUGGAGAAUUAGAGAGACUUCUACUAUCUAAUUUAGUUGAAAAGUAUAAUCCCAAUUUUGUUUGGAAUGUGAAAGAAGAGCAUUAUGAACCUCCGCUUAUUGAUAUGACAAAAGAAUGUAACCCAGUCAUCAACAAGUUAAGGACUUACGCAACGUGGACAACGAAACAAGGAUUGUGUUCAUCAAUGAAGAGGAAUUAUUGGUUUUACAUUGAGGACAUUGCCGAAGUGAAUGGUCCCCGAACUUACAACAGUUGCGAUUUGGGUGAAGUUGACGAGUUUGCAAAAGAUUAUAAAAUCACAGCCUGUACUAGCUUGUUAAAAUGGAUUCUCUCUAUGGUCGCGAACAAUCGACCAGUCUUCAUGGAAUCUGGAAAAAUAUCAAUGAAUGUGCUCGUGUUUGCUUUAAACAGAUGCAAAGAAUAUUUAUUUCGUAAACAGCACAAAGACAUCGAUAGAUGUUUGGUAUCAGCGAGUAGUGGUCAGUGGAAUGCUUUUCUGAAAAAAUAUUAUCGAAUUAUAGCGAAACAGGAUGUUUUUAAGGAUGAUAAAGAAAAUAAACUUCCCCUGUAUUUGGGCUAUGCUAAGUUUUUAUUGAAAGAGCUAUAUAAAUUUCGUCCGCAAUUGAGUUGCGAAGGAUGCCACAAUAUAUGGAUCAUUAAACCAGCUCAUUGUUCCCGAGGUAGGGGGAUCAGAAUGGCAUCCAAACUAGCUGUAAUCACUGAUUUAUUAAACAAAGCUAAUGCCAAGUUUGUGAUUCAAAAAUAUAUUGAGGAGCCACUCUUGAUUCACGAAACCAAAUUUGAUAUAAGGCAGUACUACUUGGUUACAAGUACAUAUCCUUUAGUGAUAUGGAUGUAUAAAGACUGCUAUUUAAAAUUCAGUUCACAAAAAUAUAAUCUCAAGAAUUACCACGAGUCAAUUCAUUUAACCAAUAACGCAGUACAAAGGAAGUAUAAAAACUGUAAGGAAAGACACGCAGAGCUACCGCAAAGCAAUAUGUGGCAUUCGGAAACAUUCAAAGAUUAUUUAUUAAAAAUAGGUAAAAAUAAAGUUUGGGAUAACAUUAUUUAUCCUGGAAUGAAGAAAUCCAUCACUGGAAUCAUGUUGAGUUGCCAAGACACUCUAAAUGUCAGCAAAAAUCGUUUUGAACUCUAUGGCUGUGACUUUAUCCUAGACAAGGAGUACAGACCCUGGUUAAUUGAAAUUAACUCUUGCCCAGACCUCAAUCACACUACACCAGUUACAGGCAAAAUAUGUCCGGCUGUUGUUUCCGACAUCAUUAAAGUUGUUGUUGAUUAUCCUUCUGACACAAAAUCUUCGACUGGAAAAUUCGAAUGUAUUUACCGUCAACCUAUAUCAACACCUAAAUACGGUACUGCUGCAGAUUUAUUUGUCCGUGGUUAUACUCUAUCUUCAGAUUACUUCUAUAAAGGAAAAAUAGAAUUGAAAGAGUCUUAUGAAGAUCCCGAUACUGACAGAGAAAAUGAUAUUAGAACCAUACUCAGUAAAUCAAAACAAUUUUACGAUCAAGAUGUAAUGAUAUCGCCAGAAGACGAUGAAGAAAGAGUUUCCAAUGAGUAUGAAAGUAUUGAGAUGGUAUGUUGUUCCCAUAAUACAGAGUCUGAAAACGAAUUGGACGUAGCAGCUACUGUUAUUACUGAGCAGCUAGAUGAAAUUAUAGACAGAAUAUCAUCAGAAAAGAAUUUAGGCAAUGAGGCUAUGAAUUCAAAUAAUAAACCAGGUAACUCUGCAGUGAAAAAUAAUUUGGUCUUACUUGAUCAGAUUAAAAGUGUCACUGAUAUAAACGUUUUUUUAAAAUCUACUUGCAAGGACUUCGUUUUAAAUAAGGUAGAAGCAGGAUUUACUUUUAGUAAAUUAGAUGACAGAUCUCAGGAACACGUGGAAAGGACUAGUGAAGCAAUAAUAUCGUCCGAUUAUGAUUUUAACCGUAAAAUAACAGAAACUGAGAUUCUUAAAGCUUCUUACAAAAUAAUAAAUUUUAUCGAUAGAAAAGAAAAGGAAUAUUUAAAAAGAAAUUAA